AUGGCUUACCCUCAGCAUCCAGCGCAGAGGCCUCCGCCCGUGAGAAACUACGGCCCUCGUCCCUCUCGGCCCGCAGGCCCGCCGCAAGACGGACAUUUUGACCAAGGAUAUGAUUACGGUUACCCGUCUGGUAAUGGAGGCUAUGACGAUGUUGGAUACGGUUAUCCGGGUGACCAAGCAGUCCCGAGAUCAUACGGACCUCCACGAGGUGCUCCACGCCCACCGCGGGGAGGUUAUGGCCCUCCCAUGGAGCCACGACCUGAUCGCGGAUAUGCGCCAAGAGGUCGACCGCCGCCAAACCGAUACGAUGCGCCUCGUGGCUAUGGUGACAGGCGAGCGCCGUCAAGGCAAGAUCGCUCAAGGCCUCCCCCUCGUCCUGUGCCGCCUCCCUCCAACGCAGCGUGGGACAAUCCGUUUCCGAUAUUUCCCUCCCAGGAACCUCGCAGCCGGUCCGGCUCAACUUCAACAGGAAUUGAAACUGGAAUGGCGAGGAUGGAUCUCAAUGGCCCAAUGUCGCCUGUAACUGUGCCAGACCGUCCGCAUACGUCGCACGGACGACGGCAGGAGAUGCCUCGACAACCGCCCCCUGGCUCCGCUGGACGGGGUAGGGGAGAUUAUCCUGCUGGUCCCGUAAGAUCUGCGAGCCAAGGGCGCCCGACGACCGGACGGUCUGAUCGGAGUGAGCGGAGUGAGCGGUCUUAUACUGACCCUAAUGGACCACCGCCGAUACCGCAUAUCAAUAGGAGCGCAACCAUGCCCGCUACAGCUGCACCGACAAUGACACCACCGGUGGCCCCGCCCGUGCCUAAGCCAAUGUAUCCCGGACAGGCGACAUACCAAGACCCCACAUUUGCCGCGAAAAGCAAUGCGCACAAGUCUCUCCACGUCGACGCAUUACUGGAUAGCUAUUAUAGCACGGCCCACGCAGAUGAGCCCGAUAUGCCUAAUUUCGAUGCUAUGCCUGAUGGUGGCCAUGGUGGUGCAAUCGACGAAAGUUUGCCCGGAUUAGAACAGCCGAAACCCAAAACACCUGCUCCUCCCGCUCCUCAGGGCCAGUACGCGGCGUUCAGCCCGCAGCCCACCGAAGUUCAUCAUGUCCAAUCUCAGCCGGAGAUAAGACCAGGGGUUGUGCCAAAUCAAUUCGAGAAUGCAGGAUUCCACUUUGACCUCCCUGCAUCAGCACCCGCUGCGCAGUACCAGGAGGGGAUGGAUUACGGGUUCGGCUAUGAAGAUCCUAUGCAGACUCCACACCAACAACAUGGUAGCUGGGGGUCGCAAAUGAAUGCAUACCCCGAUGAACAGACUGGGUACGCAAGCCGCGGUGGCUCCAUUCGCAGCAAUGGACCUCAGCCGUACCGGGCCAAUCAACCCACAUAUGCGAACGAAGCGCCGCCCCCAGUCGUGAAUCAGAUGGACCCGGUAGACCCCGAGCAAAACCCCGAUGCGCUACCUCACCAUCCUGCACCUUUCCGGCCCGGACACGAUCAGGGUAGCAAGCCAGCACCUGUACGCCAGUACAACAGCGCGGCUGACUCCGCACCGCCUCCUAUUGCCGCGCAGCAAGGCACUCCGGCUGAUUCCCCCGCCGGGCCAGUGACGCAAGAAGAGCUUCAACAGUUGCAGCGGGUGGCCAAGAGCAAUCCUUCGGACAAGAAGACCCAACUGUUACUCGCCCAGAAGCUGGCCGAGGCCUCGGUGGUACUUGUUGAGAGCAGUCGGCUAGAUCCCAAGUCCAAGGCGAAAGCGAGGGAGAAGUAUGCGAUGGAUGCUUACAAAAUCGUCAAAAAGCUUGUGUCCAGCGGAUAUGCGGACGCACAAUUUUUCUUGGCGGACUGCUACGGUCAAGGGCUAUUGGGCCUUCAGGUUGAUCACAAAGAAGCUUUCCACUUGUACCAAACGGCUGCUAAGCAGGGGCAUGGCCAGUCGGCGUACCGCACGGCUGUGUGUUGUGAAAUUGGCGCGGAAGAAGGCGGUGGUACCAAGCGCGAUCCGUUCAAGGCAGUGCAUUGGUAUAAGCGUGCUGCAUCUUUGGGAGAUCCACCAGCGAUGUAUAAGAUGGGAAUGAUUAUGCUUAAGGGGCUUCUCGGGCAAGCCAAGAACCCUCGCGAGGGUAUCUCCUGGCUGAAGCGUGCCGCAGAACGUGCUGAUGCCGAGAACCCACACGCACUGCAUGAACUUGCGCUCAUGUAUGCUAAUGCGGGCCCGAAUGACAUAGUCAUUCGUGAUGAGGCGUAUGCUAGUCAGCUAUACCACCAAGCUGCCGAACUGGGGUAUAAGUUCUCCCAGUUCCAACUAGCCACUGCGUACGAGUAUGGGUUGAUGGGGUGCCCCGUGGACCCCCGGCAGAGUAUCUUUUGGUAUACUCAUGCGGCUGCGCAGGGCGAGCACCAGAGUGAGCUUGCCCUGAGCGGAUGGUAUCUGACUGGCGCGGAGGGGAUUCUGCAGCAGAGCGACACGGAAGCCUACCUCUGGGCACGCAAGGCCGCCACUUCCAGUCUUGCAAAGGCAGAAUAUGCAAUGGGUUACUAUACCGAGGUUGGAAUCGGAGUCACCGCCAAUAUGGAGGAUGCCAAGCGAUGGUAUUGGCGGGCAGCUGCCCAAGGAUUCCCGAAAGCCCGCGAACGUCUGGAAGAAAUCAAGAAGGGAGGCGCCCAGAUGCAGAAAGCCCGGCUUUCUCGGUCUGGUACCAACCAACAGAAGCAAAACGAAGGCGACUGCAUUCUCAUAAAACCAUUCCCACUCACAGCGCUCGCCAUCCUCACUGUCCUCAUCGCAGUAUCGCUGGCCUUCUUCAUAGGCUACAAUACCAACAAGAACAUAGAGGAGUACCGGGACUCCCAAGCCGCCAACCUGUUAGGUCUCAAACGAUUCUUCACAAGUGCUCCUCCCGCUGUAAGUAGGAAGGUCUCUAAGACAGCGGCUGGUAGUGAGAAGAUGGGUCGAACGCCGAUUUAUUUUUUGAGUCAUGGGGGUCCGAAUGUCAUGUACCAGACGGAUCACCCGGCGUAUAAGAAGCUGGGGCAGAUUGGCAAGGAGAUUACGACCAAGGUGAAGCCGAAGGCUGUGGUGGUUUUCUCGGCGCAUUGGCAGGCCGGUAGGGAUACGGUUCAGGUUAAUACGGCUGAGAUUACGGAUUUGAUCUAUGAUUUCUACGGCUUCCCCAGCCAUUAUUACAAGGAGAAGUACCCCAAUGUGGGCAGCAGGGAGGUCGCGAAUAAGGUGCUUGAUCUGCUUGGGAAAGCGGGGAUCAAGGCGGAAGGUGUGAAAAGAGGAUUGGAUCAUGGUGUGUGGGCGAGUUUCAAGUGUGCGUUUGAGCCUGAGUCAAACCCGUUGAACGUGCCCAUUGUGCAGGUUUCGUUGUUCAAGAACGAGGAUCCUGUCGCGCAUUACCGGCUCGGACAGGCCGUGUCUAGCCUCCGCGAUGAAAAUAUCCUCAUAAUCGUCUCUGGAAUGGCGGUCCACAACCUGCGCGAUCUGUUUUUCUCCAUGAACGAUUCGCGGCCGCUGCCGUACACCACCAGCUUCGAUGAGGCGUUGAAGAAAGCGGCCACGGCUCCCCCGGUGGAGAGAGAACAGGCCCUGGCGGAUCUGUUGAAGAGACCUGAUGCUCGGCAGGCACAUCCGACCUUUGACCAUCUGCUUCCCAUUCACGUUGGCGCCGGAGCUGCGGGAGAUGAUGUCGGCAAGAGGCUGUGGACGAUGGGUGAGGGCAGUAUGAGCUGGGCGCAGUUUAGAUUCGGUCAGGUAGCCAACAGUAGUAGUUCUCUGUGA